CGCCCCUGCGCGCCAGAGCCUCGGCGGGAGGGCGGAGCCCGGAGAGGGGAGCGCAGCUGCGGGCGUGUGGAGACCCCCAGAAGCGGCGGAGUCGGCGCUCGGAGCCGCGCGGCUGCAGCGGGCAGUCCAGACAAAGGCGACGAAAUAAUUCCUGGAAGUGCAGUCUUUGUACCAUCACUAACCCCACUACAUCUAGGAAUGUGAACAGCACCAACAGAUACAGCAAGAUGUAUCAAGAUUGUAGCAUUAACGGUGUACCGAUACAUGGAUACCCAGAUAAGUUUUCCCUUAAGCUGCUUAUGUGAAUGGUUAUGUUCCUGUAGUUUGUUUGCAGAGGUUCAUUUCAGUGGUUGUAGACAUUAUAGUGAUUGUGAUUUUUGGACAGAUCUAAAAUCAGGAGCUUGCACUAAAUUUUUGACCUAUCUGUAUUUGGGAAGGAAAAAAGAGAAUGGCUGUUUGAUUUUUAAAUGACCGAGAACAUGGGGUGUGUACAUGAGGGUUUUUUGUUUGUUUGUUUUUUGAGACAGUGUCUCACUGUGUAGCCCCAGCUGGACAGACUGGAAUUCAGAGAUCUGCUCGCUUCUGCCUCUCAAUUGCUGGGAUUAAAGUCUUGUGCUACUACACCCAGUCUAUUGGGUCAGUUUUGAGUGAAACGUGGAAACCAAGCGAGAAGAAAUCUUCAAGGAACUUCUGCUAAUGAAUCUUCAGAGUCACCUGUGUGUGUCUUACGGACUAAUCUCCACUCAGAGACAGCGGAAUAAGUGUCCCCAUUGAUGAGUGGCUCUAGAACACAGCGGUUCUUUUCAUUCCCACCGACUUGGAACCAGUGUCUGUAGAACUGGAAGCAGAGAAAAGAAACAAUCAAACUUUCCUCUUAAUCAACUUGAGACAUUUGACUCCAAGAACAGAGGCACAGUGAAGUAAAGCUAUCUCGACAACCAUUCCUCACCUUGAGGGUGGACGUGGAGUUUCCUGGCUGGAGAUUUAGAGCCUUGGUGGUGCUCACUCAGGCCUUGGGCUGAAAGCAUGAGUGAAUUCUGGUUGUGUUUCAACUGCUGUAUUGCAGAGCAACCUCAGCCUAAAAGGCGACGACGGAUUGACCGAAGUAUGAUUGGAGAGCCAACCAACUUUGUGCACACAGCUCAUGUAGGAUCCGGAGACCUAUUUAGUGGGAUGAACUCAGUCAGCUCCAUUCAGAACCAAAUGCAGUCCAAGGGAGGCUAUGGAGGCGGGAUGCCUGCUAAUGUGCAGAUGCAGCUGGUGGACACCAAGGCAGGAUAGCCCUGGUCCCUUCGGUCUUUGUGAAUUUCUGUAUUUUCUCUGUCCACAGUUCUAUACUAUUUUUGUCUUGUGAUUGGAUUUCUUUUAUUUUUAUUAUAAAAACGAAGUGUGGCAGCAACCUGUUCACCCCUGUGAUCUCCAGCAAGACAUUCCUGCUCGAGGAAGGCGGCGUCAGACCGACGUGACCUACCUUGCCGUCAGCGGUAUGCAUGCCUGGGACUCUGACAGAGUUCUUUGGAUCGUAGCUGAAUUUUCAAUGUUUAAUCGACAUGGAUUGGAUCUUAGCAUGGUCUUUUUCGUGACUGCUAGCACUGUUUUUAAUUUUUCAGUUUUAAACCUUUUCAUUGCGCCUCCAGCCCCUCUGCCUUAUGAUUUUACUGGUAAGCAAAGACCUGUAAUUACUGCCACCACUUAUGUCUAUUUUGAAGGCGUGAGACCCACAAGCACAAUAGUCCUUUUCAUCUGUUGGAAACUUGAGCGGAGCGCGCGUCUGCACACUCCAUGGUGCUGCUCAGAGGGGACCCCACAGGACGCCAGACACCGGCGUCCUGAGCUGCUGCGGCUUGAGGAUGCUGCUCUCUUGGAGGAUGCUUUCCAUAAUCCCAGUGGGUUCUGGUCUGAUUAGAGCAGUGACAAGAAAGCAGAGGCAGCCACUUGGCUGUGAAUGUUCAGUGUAUUUAUUUGAGAGUAAGGACCUGUGAUUGUGAGCAGAUACCGUUUGUAUCUGAGUGUUGUGAAGCCCAUCCAGUUUCUCAGCAUCUUCGUCCUGUUAGCUCUUUGUGGACCUGCCUCUGUUUUCUUUUAGUCUUUUGGUGUCCAUUUGUUUCCACUAGCUGUUUGUUGAAAUUCUGGCCUCUGCUACCAGCUGUGACUUGCAGGCCCUCAGCCUUCCAAUGUUCCACUUACUGUGGAGGCUGUGGCAGCUUCCAACAGCAGCCUGCUGCCUGGCUGAUUCACUGACAGUAGCCAGCCCUCACACUGGCUGUGUGUGUUUAGUCAGUGGCCUUUGCUCAGGUCCCAUUCUGUUCCUCUUCCCCGCCGAGUGUGGGUAGCCGGGCUUGUGGUCCAGGUUACUUUCCAUCUAACUGCCUUUGAUUGAUUAACAUUCACCCAGAAGAUGGGUCUUAACUGAAAUUAGAGCUCUGAAGGCACUUAGAGCCUUUUUUUUUUAAGAGAAGCUGUGAUCUUUUUCUCUUCUGCCUUUGCCUGUCCUUGCCCUACACUGAUCCUGUCCUGAGAAUGCUGACUGAAGAGCCACUGGGCUGAUGUAGGCAAAGCCGAAAGCAUUUCUCCUACCUUUCUUCUGACCUUAAUUUACCAGUAGGAACACUGGAUGACCUGAUCCUUUGAUUUUUUUUUUUUUUUUUUUUUUUUUUUUGUAAUUCUUACUGUUCAUAGGUGUCAUUCCCAAGCACAGACAGAAUCUGUCUAGGAGAAACAUUUAAUUCACUGUUGUCUUUAACUCACCAUGCGGACACUGCACUCUUGAGUUUGUCAUUCUGCUUAGCCAGGGCAAGGUUCCUGCCAGGGCACUGCUGUGUGCAAACUCUUUCUGUAUGACAGACAGGGAUCUCUUGGCAUCGUCAGCACUGAUGGAUGGGACAGCACAAGGAGCCAUUGUCCCCUCCCCUGUCACUGUUUGCUGCUCCAAGGCCAGUUAUUAAUAAGCCAAAGGCUCGUGGAGCCCAUAAUGGUCCUGCAGCUGCCUCUGACCUCUCAGCAGUGAGACACUGUAUACAGUGCACUGCGCCGGUGCCCUGGAAGGUUUCAGUAAAGUCAAGAAAAUGUACAGAGUAACCUUGUACAUGAUGGUUUUCUAUGGUGGCCUAAGGAUGCUGGCAAAGGUGCAGGGAGGCAAGCUUCCCACCUCCCUACAUGGGAUUGUAAACCUUGGGAACUCCUUUGUUCCCCGUAGUAACACAUCUCAUUUUUAAAUCGGGGCUAAUAGGAUUUUGUACCCAGAAUUUAUUAUAUUAAUACUUCUCUGAAAUACGUGGUGACAACUAGUAAGCAAGAGAAACAGCUGACUGCAGCAGUGCUGGGCGUGGCUUCUCCAGUGGGCCUGGAAAGUUUGUCCAUUAGCUUCCUUUGGUUACUAAUGGAGCUGGUGUAGAGAGCAGCAGCCUUGACCUGUUCAGUGGCUUCUGCUGAGCACCAGAAGACAAGAUGGACGUAUUUUUAUAAUAUAAGCAUACUUUUUUUGUACAUUGUGUUCAUUCUUGAAUAAAGUGAGCUCACUGUUGGCUUGUAGAUAUUAAAAAGAAAGUAUUGAUUUUGAUUCAAUAAAUGUUUUCUUUUAG